GGAGAAUCGGAACCGAUAGGAAGGGUUUACAUGGGGAAACCCAUCGCCAAGGAGAGCGUACCGUGGAUUGUGCAACUCAGCGUGAUUUAUGGCUCGGAAACGUAUUUGUGCGGAGGAAGCAUCAUUACAAGAAACGUUAUUUUGACAGCGGGACAUUGUUUGCUUGUAACGGACAGGUUUCCCGAUCGUAUCGAUGUGCACGUCAGUUCCACAAAGAUUUACCAGGGAACCCGAGUGAAAGCGACAAGGCUGAAAGUGCAUCCAAGAUUUUUGAACCAACGAGAGUUGCUGUAUGACGUGGCUCUAUUAAAACUCGAAAAAAAUCUUCAGUUCAACAGAAAGACAAAACCUGUGUGCCUUCCCGAAGAAAAACUUAACGUUGGAGGAAAGUCCCUCUUAGUGGCCGGAUGGGGACAGACUGAAGCUGUAAAUACUAGCGAGGUUCUGCUAUACACCCAUGUUGAUGGCAUGACAGAUGAAGCCUGCCGAGAUUUUAUAGCGGUUGCAAUCAAUCCAUAUACAAGACGCCAUAUUAAGCCUGGUCCUGCUGUUUGCGCAAAGGGCUCAAAAGGAAACAGCUGUCAUGGGGAUUCGGGUGGACCACUAACUCUCCAGGAUGAACAAAGACUGUCCACGCAAGUCGGAUUGGUUUCAGCAGGGGCCUCGUGUGCACCAGGUGGCUCUGUGCUGUACGCAAGUACUGCCUUACACUUGCGAUGGAUCAAGAAUAUGUUAAAUAGGCCAGGCAAAUGGACCAAGUUUAAGCGUCAUUGAAGCACGUAUGCGCUGUCCUCAAAAGAAUCGAUCUAUUAUUCAUGUCACGAGGACAAAGUCAAUGCUUCAAGAAGCAGUUGAGCUCUUGGUCCUAUUUGCAAGGACAGCACAUAAAAAAGGUACAUAUAAGAGAGAAAGGAUAAAAAGAACUGUAACAACUGAGUGGAGAACAUAUUUUUUUUCACCUUCGCUAAAUAAAACUU